GAAGUUCAUCAACAAAUGGUUUUAAUAAAAUCUCAAAGAAAAAAACCCUUUAUAUUGUCGUGUUGUGUGCAGCACUAUCUUUUAUCGGUUUAGAACCAAGAAAACUGAUUGAUCUUGAAUUCAUCAUCUUCAUGAAGUUACAGAUUUGUUUGAAAAGAAAUGACUCGCACGAAACGGUCUGCUCGUAAAUCUAAGGCACGCAGAGCGGCACCUAAACUACCCCGUGAUCAUUCCCUCCGGCCUGAGGGUUUGGUAUGUAGGACAUGUGGUGAUGAAGGAUUCAACAAUGCAUUUGUUUACUGUGUUAAGUGUCUCGAAUUUGCCGUACACAGGUACUGCCUGGAUGUAAUACCAAAGGUAUUAAAUGGGAUUGUCAUUUGGUUUUGCGAAAAUUGCAAACCCGCAGGUCCAUAUACGGUUAUUUUUACCAAGAAACAAAAAUGGAGAGAAAGAAUAAGACUAAAGAGACAAAGGAGAUAUAUUUCUUUGGAAGCAAGGAAAGAGGUCAGCUGUCCAAAGCAGGCUACAAAACCUAACCAUGGGGGUGUUUCACUGAUACCUUCUCCACUAGAAGAAGCAUUAGUGAAUUCAGAUCUAGGACCCAGUCAAAAAUGGAGAGAAAGAAUAAGACUAAAGAGACAAAGGAAAUAUAUUCCUUUGGAAGCAAGGAAAGAGGUCAGCUGUCCAAAGCAGGCUACAAAACCUAACCAUGGGGGUGUUUCACUGAUACCUUCUCCACUAGAAGAAGCAUUAGUGAAUUCAGAUCUAGGACCCAGUCAAAUUACUCGAUGUGUGGUUUUGGGGUUGGCCAAGUGCGUUUUUCCAAAUCAGGCUUCAAAGUCUGCUCAGUUGGACAACUGUUAUCCAGUAAACGAAAGUGCUUUACCAAAAGAUGAGCAUUUACAGAUCCAAGAAGAGAGUGGCAAAAGUUCACUUUAUGGAAAAAUGACUUCCCCUAAAAGAAAACAAAUAAAUGAAAGGACAAUUGCUGCUCUGGUAACAGCGGGAGACAAGAUCAGCUGUCCUGAGGGGGACGCAGAGCCUAACUAUGAGUGUGUUUCGCCAAAAAAGUCUACACCAAAAGUAGCACCGGUAAAUUUAGCUUUAGGACCCAAUCAAAUCGAUCCAUGUGUGGAGAAAGGCAUUUUCCAGAAGCAGUUUACAGAGUCUGCUGAAUUGGAGAAUUUUUCUUUAACUGGAAGUGCAGAAAAGAAAAGAGAUGCGAUGUUCCUGCCUAUUGAAAAAGAGAAACAUAAAACUCAAAGAACCACAGAUCCAAUCGAGCAUUCGUCGUGCGAUUCUAGCUGUACAGAUGUAACUUUUAAGGGUAAGGAGGAUACGACUCCCUCUGCAGACGAGCAGAAAUGUGAUAUAAAACAAUUUGACUGUGGUCUUGCAAAGUUGGUCACUGAUUCUUCAUCCAUUAAAAAAGAGUUGAACAAUAUAAUGGAGGAAAAUGAUGACCAAGCUGAAACAGCAAACCAUAAGCUGAAGGAAGAAAAUCUAAAAAUGGAAAGAGAUAGUCCUAUAGCUUCCCGAUCAGCCAACAUUGAAAACAUUGUACAACACAUCAAUCCUCGACCUGCAAGACCAGUCCUGGAGCUAGUAUGGAGGGGAAAUUUUAGUAUUGUUCAAACAGACUAUGACCUAUUUGAAGGAUUAGUUGGCCAAGUAUCAGAGAAAGCUUGUUUGAAGGCCAUUGUGGAGGCAAGAACACUUCCAAAAUUGCUUAGCUUACAAAUGCAACCUAAGACUGAACUUUGGCCAGUGAGCUUCUCGGAGUUCCCUCCUUCUGAUGAACAAAUUGCUCUCUUCUUUUUUCCUGGAAGCACAAAAAAUAAUUUGGGUUAUAAACAGUUGGUUACGGACAUGAUAGAUGAAGACCUCGCAAUGAGCGUCCCAACAAAAAAUGCAGAGCUAUUGAUAUUCACAUCUAGAGUAUUGCCUCCAUCAUCCUGGACGAUCCAAGAGAAUUAUUAUCUAUGGGGAGUUUUCAGAAGAAAAAGGAAUGAUGGUGCAUUACCCGUGGAUGGCAGUUUCACACAACGACAAUAAUUGUGAUUUGGCGAGAGGAUCCUAGAACAAACUAACAAUUGAUGAAGAAACUUGACAAAAGUGAAAACAAAUGAUUCUGGGAGUCCUCAAAGUCCUUUGUGCAAUUACAGGUAAAUCAUGGCCUCGAUAUGGAAGCUGAAAUUCACCAACUUCGAUGAAGCAGUAUCAUUUUUUGGAUGAAUACAAUUUCUAUCACAACCUACUGUUGAGAAUGUGUCCUUUUUGGUUAGAUUGUCAGGCAGUAUAAUAAGUAAGCGACUCACUAGAUAUUUAGCCUCCUAAUGAGAUAUUUCACUAUUUAGCCAUAUCUUGUGUAAUCAGAAUGUGAAUAUCUAAUUUUAGAAAGUUUUUUUAUACUCA